AUGGGGUCCGAAUCCACUCUCAGACUUCCUGUCAUAGAUUUCUCCAACCUUGAUCAAAAAGUACACACUCCCGAGUGGGACUUGGUGAGAACCCAAGUCCUUGAAGCACUCCAAGAGUAUGGUUGCUUCGAGGCUUUGUUCAGUAAAGUCCCCCUAGACCUUCGAAAGGCUCUUUUGGGUGCAACAGAAGAGCUGUUUGACCUCCCUUUACAAACAAAGCUGCGUAACAUUUCUAAAAAACCCUAUCAUGGCUAUGUUGGGCAAUACCCUAUGGUGCCACUAUAUGAGAGCAUGGGCAUUGAUGAUUCAAACAUCUCUGAGAAAGUUGAGAGCUUGUCAAAUAUCUUCUGGCCUGAAGGAAACCCAAGUUUUAGCAAUACCAUACAAUCAUUCUCCGAGAGACUAUCAGAAUUAGAUCAAAUAGUCAGGAGGAUGAUUUUGGAAGGCUUGGACCUUGAGAAAUACCUAGAGGAACACAUGGGGUCAACCAAUUACCUUCUUCGGGUCAUGAAAUAUAAAGGGCCUCAAACCAGUGAGACCAAGCUUGGACUGACCGCUCACACAGAUAAAAACAUAGUGACCAUAUUGUAUCAAAAUCAAGUUGAGGGGUUGGAGGUAGAGACCAAAGAUGGUGAAUGGAUCAACGUCAAACCCUCUCCAGACUCUUUCACUGUCAUGAUCGGUGAUUCUCUACUGGCAUGGACAAACGGCAGGCUGCACUCUCCAAAUCAUCGAGUCAUGAUGACCGGAGAUGAGGCAAGGUAUUCAACUGGAUUGUUCUCAAUCCCCAAAGCAGGUUACAUCAUUGAAGCCCCGAAGGAGCUAGUUGAUGAGGAACACCCUUUGCUCUUUAAGCCCUUUGAUCAUGUUCAGUUCCUCGGCUACUACUACACUGAGGCUGGUCAGAAAGCCAAGUCUGCUUUGAGGAAUUAUUGUGGAAUAUGA